AUGUCGUUUGUGAAGCUACCCUUUUUACUGCUCUGCCUCAUCCCACUGCUUAUCACCGUGUCCGGGAUUUCCGCAGAAGAUACUUCUUUCGAUCCCUCUCGUCUGGAAGUCACAACGCUCGCAACGCAAUUGAAGCAGCCCAUGGAGCUGGCCGUUGCCCCAGAUGGCAGAGUCUUUUACAUCGAGAUUAAAGGGCAACUAAAAGUCUAUAACCCCGCAACGCGGCAGACAGAAACCGUUGGUGAAAUCGAAGUCACAACGGCCCAGGAAAAUGGCCUGAUUGGCUUGGCUCUCGAUCCAAAGUUUCAGGAGAACCGCUGGAUCUAUCUGCAAUACUCUCCUCCUAAUUUCUCAGGCCAGCAUGUCAGCCGGUUUACUCUCGUCGAUGGCAAGCUCGAAAUGGAAAGUGAGAAAGUACUUCUAAAGUUCGAAGAGCAACGUUUGCAAUGUUGUCAUCACGCCGGAUCUCUUGAGUUCGGCCCGGACGGAUGUCUGUUCAUCGGCACCGGCGACAACACGCAUCCGCAUGGCGAUUCUCACGGAUACGCUCCGAUCGAUGAGCGGCAAGACAAGUUUCCUUGGGACGCUCAAAAAUCAUCCAGCAAUACGAAGAGUUACAACGGCAAAAUUCUUCGGAUCCGUCCGCUUGCCGAUGGCACGUACGAAAUCCCCGAUGGCAAUCUUUUUCCCAAGGAUGGAUCGAUCGGACAUCCCGAGAUUUACGUCAUGGGAUGUCGCAAUCCGUGGCGAAUUAAUGUCGACCAAAAGACCGGCUACUUGUACUGGGGAGAAGUUGGCCCCGAUGCUGGGAACGAUGGUGCCCGCGGCCCGCGCGGUUACGAUGAAGUGAAUCAAGCCAAGAAAGCUGGCAACUUUGGUUGGCCAUAUUUCAUUGCCGAUAAUCAAGCGUAUCACGACGUCGACUUUACCAGCGAAAAGGUAGGCUCAAAGUUCGAUCCUGCCCGACCGAUCAACGAUUCCCCCAAUAAUACCGGCGCCCGUGAACUUCCUCCGGCGACGGAAGCUUUCAUUUAUUAUCCCGGUGCCUCCUUCGAUAA